AUGAAGUACGGCAAGUUCCUCAGCCAGACCCAAAGCGCAGGCUCCGACUAUAUCGACUAUAAGUCGCUCAAGAAGGCCCUCAAGGAUGGCACCAGUCGCCCCGAGUGGAGGGAUCGGCUCUGGGCAGACGUUGCUCGUGUGGACCAAAGUCUGGCCGCGCGAGAGCUCAAGCUGCUUUCGAGAGCGCUGCAGCUCGACGCGCAGCUGAGCCUCGUGGCGUGCGUCAAGAUCGGCAAGAAGCAUGAUAAGAAGGCCGUACCGGACGAUGCCAUUCUGCCGGGCCUCUGCGCACACCUUAGCACGAAGCGCAUGCUGCUCCUGCUCCAUCACUCGACCCUCCGCUCGGCACAUCCUCUCUUGACAACGCUCGCCUCCUCCACAGUCCAGCGCGUCCUGCAAUUCGCAGCGCUGCCGCUGGCCAAAGACAUGCACGCCACCGUGGAUUCCCUCUGGACUUUGGCCGCAGACGCGUUGCACCCGCAUGACGCGAGGCUUGGCGGCGUCUUUCAGCGGUACAUCACAACGCGCGAGCGCUUCGAGAGCGGAGGCCGACCGCGGGCGCGGAUGCUGGCCUUUGUCGUCUACGGUCUGCUGCAGCUUGGCCGCAUGCUCUCGACCCUGCAAUCUGCGACAAUGACCCUCGCAUACAACGUUGAGAUGGUGGGGAUGCUGUCGCCCUUUUGUACCGCAGUCGCGGCGCGGCUGGUGCUCAAGGAAGAAUUUCCGCCGCUGCUCUUCCCAACCCUGCUCCUGACGCUUAGCGGGACUGGCCUGGUCGUGCUUGGGCAGGGUGCCCUCGCUAGUCACGGCGCCUUCACCUCGCUCGACCUCGCCGGGAUGGGCCUGCAGAGCGCUUCUGUGCUGAUGGCCACCGCAGUCAGGCUGAGCCACAGACUGAGCGAGGGGCUGCUCAGUAGCUCCGAGCUCAUGCUCGCGCAGUUCUCGGUGAGCGCGCUGCCGUCGAUGCUCUCUGUUGCUCUGCGGGACCGCAAGUCUCUCCAUGCCAUCCUUGCCCUUUCGCCGGGCGGUGUGGCCAGCUUCUUUGGCCUGGCCUGGGGUGUCUACCUAACUGCCAACUACCUGCAAAUCAUGGUCAACCGCACUCUCGGAACAAUUCGGCACUCGGCCGCCAGCGGUCUGCGCCUAGUCGCCACUUGUCUCGGCUCCGCCAUCCUUCUCCACGAGCUGCCGACGAGCGGGUGCGAGCUCGCUGGCCUCGCGUUGGUGGCACUCGGCGUGGCGCUCUUCUACUCUGCGCAGCUCUAUCUUGCCCACCCGGUCGCCCGGAGGCAUCUCAUCACGGCGUCCACAUACAGCGCUCGGCUGGAUGAGCUUGGCGAGGAGUCGACGACGCGCAAGCUGCAGGCGAUGCCCUCGCGAUGGGACUGCCGCGCUGCAUCUCGCGAUCCCUCGCUCCUGCUAGUUUGA